CGACCUCCUCUUUGACAGUGACCUUGUCGUUGCCUUUUAGAACAAUCCGCUUCGCCUCGAGAAUCGUGCAACUUUAACCGGUUUCGAAUAACAUUUAAGUUUAAAAAGUUUUUAUAUCCUCCUUCAGAUUGGUACUUUUAUUAUAACCGCGAACGGAUGUGAUUUAUCGAAAUGUUGCAAUUCAAAGUGUUAAUCCUCCUUGUUAUUAGUGUUGCUAUUGACGGUGUAGCGAUUUCUUCUUGCACGAUGAUCACCUUCGACGAUGAGGUGCAAGAAGAUCGUUGGAGCGCGAAUUUGCGGGUCAAAGUUCUCGAACCGAUGAACGGAGUUUGGAUUAAAAUCGACCUUGAUAGCAAAGCCGAUGUUUUGAUUACGAAUUUUGGGGAAACAACCUCGACGAACAACCAAAACUUUAUCAUAAGAAACCCGAGUCUUCGAGUAGCCACUGGGGACACAAUUGAAGCGAAAUUAAUCGUUAAGUUUAAUAAACUCACCCCCAUUCCCAACAUCACCCAAAUCAUCGUCAACGGAAGAAUUAUUUGCCCGAAAAGCGACGAAAACAUCGAUGUUAGGGCGCAAGAAAUUCCUCAAAAUCAACCGAUUAUCGGAAAGGAAGGAUGUGGGGUUGUCCCCGAGGCGGAGUCUUUAAUUUUUAAUGGGGAAUUAUCAUCGGAAGGUUCUUGGCCUUGGCAUGUAGCAAUAAUGAAAAUAAACCACCCGCGAGUAAACUACAUCUGCGGUGGUUCAAUAAUCAGCGAAAAUUUUAUUUUAACCGCCGCGCAUUGUGUAACAUAUCCAAAAACGAAAACUUUAUUAAGCACCCAAAGCUUCCUUAUUUACAUCGGAGUGACCCGCUUAACCGACCUAACCAUACCCUCAGUUACGAUUUCAAUCGCCGAUGAGAUUAUGAUCCCUUCCGAUUAUUCCCCUGAAACUUAUUUCAACGAUAUCGCCUUAAUCAAACUCACCCGUAACCUUCAAUUCAACAAUUUUAUUCGCCCCGUUUGUUUGUGGUCGGAGGAUAAUGAUCAAGCGACGAUUACGGGGAGAUUGGGAACGGUUGUGGGGUGGGGAAUUGAUCAGAGGAAUACCUCGUUUUCUAGUGAUUUAAGACACGCUGAGAUUCCGGUCAUUUCUGGGGAAACGUGUAAGGAGAAGGAUGAUUUUUAUCGGAAACAUACGAAUGAGAAAACUUAUUGUGCGGGGGGGCAGGAUGGGAAGGCGGUGUGUAAUGGGGAUUCUGGGGGUGGGAUGUUGUUUAAAAAGGUUGGCUUUUCGAAGACUGUUUGGCAGUUGAGGGGGAUUGUUUCGUUGAAUCGAAAGCAGGAUUUAAACGAGGUUUGUAAUACGAAGAGUUAUGCGAUUUUUGCGGAUGCGGCGAAACAUUUGGAGUGGAUUAGAAAAACGACGGGAAUUUGAUUUUAAUGCGACAAAAAUCCUAUAAUUUAAUGAUUUUUUUACUUGACUAAAAAUAAAUUAUUUUAAAA